AUGUCUGCCGAUAAAGAGAUCGCCAGGACCACCGAUGAGCAUGUUGCUCCGGUCGAGUAUGACAAUGGCAAUGGCAACUUCGGCACCCCCGCAUUGCCCACCGGGUGGAAGUAUAGACAGCGUCGUGUUUUCGGUCGUAAUAUCCCGUGGUACGCGUCGCCGAAGGUGCAGCUUCUAAUGGUCGCCUUUGUCUGUUUCAUGUGUCCUGGAAUGUUCAACGCGCUCGGUGGAUUGGGAGGUGGUGGAAAGACCGAUGCCACAUUGGCCGACAACAUGAACACCGCUUUAUACAGUGCAUUCGCAGUCUUCGGUAUCUUUGGAGGAACCUUCGUCAAUAAGCUCGGUGUGAAAUGGACCCUGGCCUUCGGUGGUACGGGAUACUGUCUCUAUGCAAUCAGUCUGCUGGUCUCCGUCCACAAGAGUGUCCCCGGAUUCAACCUUUUCGCCGGUGCUUGGCUGGGUAUCUGCGCCGGUCUUCUAUGGACCGCGCAGGGCACGAUUAUGAUUUCUUAUCCCAACGAAAAGCAAAAGGGCAAGUACUUCGCCAUCUUCUGGGGAAUCUUCAACAUGGGUGCGGUGAUCGGUAGUUUGAUUCCUCUCGGCGAAAACAUCAACAUCAAGACCAACUCGACAGUCUCGGACGGUACUUACAUCGGCUUCAUUGUCCUGAUGGCCUUCGGAGCCUUCCUCGCCAUGUUCCUUUGCAACGCCGGUGACAUUGUUCGUGAAGAUGGUAGCCGUGUCAUUCUCAUGAAGAACCCAAGCUGGCAGUCCGAGCUCGCGGGUCUGUGGGAAACUCUCCGAUUCGAGCCCUUCGUCAUCCUGCUGUUCCCGAUGUUCUUCGUUUCCAACUGGUUCUACGUCUACCAGCAGAACGCUGUGAAUGGAGCUUACUUCGAUACCCGCACCAAGGCACUGAACAGUCUUCUUUACUGGCUCGCUCAGAUUAUCGCUGCUGCUAUCUGGGGAUUCCUUCUCGAUGUUCAGGGUGUGAGCCGUUCUGUCCGCGCCAAGAUCUCUUGGAGCGUUCUUUUCGUGCUCACUUUCGCGAUCUGGGGUGGCGGCUAUGCUUUCGAGAAAGGAUACACUCGUGACACCGUCAACAUCAAGCUCAACCCCGACUGGAAGGCCUUCGACUGGUCUGACUCUGGCUACGCCGGUCCUAUGUUCCUCUAUAUGUUCUACGGAUUCUACGAUGCUGCCUGGCAGGCUAGUAUCUACUGGUUCAUGGGCGCCCUCUCCAACUCGGGCCGUCGCUCCGCCAAUUAUGUCGGUUUCUACAAGGGAAUUCAAUCCUGCGGGGCAGCCAUCGUCAAUAACCUCGACGCCCGCAAACUUUCCUUUGAGAAGGAAUUCAUCAGCAACUGGGUGCUUCUGGCCGCAUCCCUCGUCGUCGCUGCUCCAGUCAUCUUCAUGAAGAUCCGCGACCACGUCGAUGUUCAUGAGGAUCUGGCAGGAACUGAUGAGACCAUUGCGGAUGUUCUUCCUGCUGACCACCCUGAAAAAUCGGGUGUUUAG